UGGAAUAUCAUUUAAAGGUAAAACAGAGCUCCGGCGUCUUCACGCGAAGUUGGUCUUACAAUCGAAGGAACAGAAAAAUCGGUGUUUUUGUUCUCCGUUUUCCGAUUCGUUAACCGGCGAAGAUGCAUUCCAAUCACUUGCUUCUGGAGGAACCGAUUCGGAUGGCUUCAAUUCUGGAGCCGUCUAAGCCUAGUUUCUUUCCUGCAAUGACGAAGAUAGUCGGAACUCUAGGUCCGAAGUCUCGAUCCGUUGAGGUUAUCUCUGGUUGUCUUCUAGCUGGAAUGUCUGUGGCUAGGUUCGAUUUUUCAUGGGGUGACCCAGAGUAUCACCAGGAGACAUUAGAGAAUUUGAAGGUGGCUAUCAAGAGCACUAAGAAGCUUUGCGCGGUCAUGCUGGACACAGUGGGUCCAGAAUUGCAGGUGGUUAAUAAAAGUGAGAAAGCUAUUUCCCUCAAGGAGAAUGGUUCUGUUGUUUUGACACCUGAUCAGGGACAAGAAGCCUCUUCGGAACUUCUGCCCAUCAAUUUUGAUGGACUGUCAUCGGCCGUGAAAAAGGGGGAUACCAUUUUCAUUGGUCAGUACCUAUUCACUGGGAGUGAAACCACUUCUGUAUGGCUGGAGGUUGAUGAAGUAAAAGAGAAUGAUGUGGUUUGUGUGAUAAAGAACUCUGCAACAUUGGCUGGUUCAUUGUUCACUUUGCAUGGCUCUCAAAUUCGUAUUGAUUUACCAACACUCUCUGAUAAAGACAAGGAGGUUAUAAGUUCAUGGGGAACCACCAACAAAAUUGACUUUCUAUCAUUGUCAUAUACAAGGCAUGCCCAAGAUGUUCGCGAGGCUCGCGAGUUUCUCUCCAAGUUGGGCGAUCUCUAUCAAACACAAAUUUUUGCUAAGAUUGAGACAAUAGAGGGGUUGAACCAUUUUGAUGAGAUCUUACAAGUAGCAGAUGGAAUUAUCCUCUCCCGUGGAAAUUUGGGUAUUGAUCUCCCACCUGAGAAGGUGUUCUUGUUUCAGAAAGCUGCUCUUUACAAAUGUAACAUGGCUGGAAAGCCAGCUGUGGUCACACGUGUUGUUGACAGUAUGACUGACAACUUGAGGCCUACUCGUGCUGAGGCAACUGAUGUCGCAAAUGCUGUCUUGGAUGGAAGUGAUGCUAUUCUUCUUGGUGCUGAGACCCUGCGUGGAUUAUAUCCUAUUGAAACCAUUUCUACUGUUGGUAAAAUCUGCUCUGAGGCUGAGAAGGUAUUCAACCAGGAUUUAUAUUUUAAGAAGACUGUCAAAUAUGUUGGGGAGCCAAUGACUCACUUGGAAUCCAUUGCUUCCUCUGCGGUUCGAGCAGCCAUUAAGGUGAAGGCAUCUGUUAUCAUAUGCUUCACAUCAUCAGGGAGAGCUGCCAGAUUGAUUUCGAAGUACAGGCCAACAAUGCCUGUUCUCUCAGUUGUCAUCCCUCGGCUUAAGACAAAUCAACUCAGGUGGAGCUUUAGUGGAGCCUUUGAGGCAAGGCAAUCACUCAUUAUAAGAGGUCUUUUCCCCAUGCUAGCUGAUCCACGCCAUCCUGCGGAGUCAACAAGUGCGACAAAUGAGUCAGUUUUGAAGGUUGCUCUUGAACAUGGGAAAGCUGCAGGAAUUAUAAAGUCUCAUGAUCGAGUAGUCGUUUGCCAGAAGGUUGGGGAUGCAUCCGUCGUGAAGAUUAUUGAGCUAGAAGAUUAGAAUACUCUUGUUUUACCCUUCUGUGAGUUUUAUUAUUAUUAUUAUUAUUUUCUUCCUAAGUUUUGAAAGCAGUGGUGUGCACUGCCGGCGGCACCUGUGAGGUGUAUCUCCUGGUUUUGGAUACAUGGUUAGGAACUUGCUAAUAACAAAAACAUUGACGUUUCCUGAUUUGUUAAAAAUGAAGUACGGGUCCAUGAGCCCAUUUUUAGUAAUAUCACAAUCUUAUUAUGCGAACCCACCAAUGAUGCUUUUCU